UGUUGGUUGGUUUCCUUCUCGUCGAUCUUUAUGAUUGUUUGGCCCUAUUAAAUUCUGACGACGUUCCCAGUAUCUUCAGAAGUUCGUUUGUUUUUGCAAUUGCAAAUCUGAAUCCUGCAUUGCAUUGUUUAAUUUUGCUUCUUUAAUCACGGGCUUGAUAAAUCUCUGAAAAGUCCCUUUGCAGAUUGUUGUGUUCUUCUUUUGUUCUGACGACUGAAGAUGGCGGUGUUACUUAUCACUAGACUUCUGACGCUGGUUUUAGGAUACGCCUACCCGGCGUAUGACUGCUACAAGACGCUGGAACUGAACAAACCGCAGAUCGAUCAGUUGCGUUUCUGGUGUCAGUACUGGAUUCUCCUCGCGUUUCUGACGACGUUGGAGACGAUCACCUAUUUCACGGUCUCAUGGCUGCCCAUGUACGGCGAGGCAAAGCUUGCGCUCGUGCUCUACCUCUGGUACCCAAAGACACGAGGCGCGAAGCACGUCUACGAGAGCUACCUGCAGCCGGUGCUGGCGAGGCACGAGGCCGACAUCGACCGCGGCCUGCUGCAGCUACGCGCCAGCGCCAAGGACGCGACGGCGUCGCACCUCCAGGCCGCCGUGUCCUUGGGGCGGGCCUGCUUCGCCGAAGUCGCCGGCCGCGUCUCGUCGCAGCUGCAGGCGGCGAGAAGCAGCGGCGGCGGCGGCCGCGCCGGCCAGGUACAGUGACACUGACGCCGCGCGCGACACAUUCUCUGAACUUUCGCGUUCGCUUGCAGCUACCGAUUUCCACAUCGCUCGCUAGCUGAACUUGACUUGGUCCCGUUCUUUUCUCCAACAACAAUAUGAUGCGUUUCAAACUG